AUGCUUCUCGGCUUGUCCUCUCGCACCUCCCUCGAUAUACUUAGCCUGCCCCUGCCUGUGCCAUUCCCCCAGCUGGCCUCAUUCUCAGACUACGAGAUCAGGCUUCUGCUCAACCAACUCUACGAGACCUUCAGCCAAGCACUACCCGCCAACACUUCCAGGGAGAAUGAUGACCUUGCUGCAACAUGGGUCCGGAAGAUCAUGUCCGACUCGGGCCUUCUCUAUGCAUACAUGUUCUCGCAGCUCAUGAGGAACAAGCAGAAGCAACACUUAGGUCGGAAGGCCGAACGCCAGCUCAUUCACGCCUAUUCCGAGACCAUUACUUAUGUCAACAGGGCCCUGACUAACCACUCGACAGCGUGCAGUGACAGCACUCUUCUUGCUGUCUUCACUCUUGCCUAUCAUUCCAUGACGCUCGACUCCCGGCCUCAGCCAAACCGGCCACGGGGCCCGACUCAAGGCCCUCUGAACUCUCUGCGCCUACUCAAUCUGUACGGCGGGCCUCUCGAAGCUGCCUCAAUGCAUCGGGAAGGGCUUUUGAAGAUCAUUGAGCUCCGUGGUGGGAUCGAAAAGUAUACACUACCUGGACUUGGGGGACUUCUCUGCUAUGCAGACCUCAUCUUUGCCAGCCGCACGGUCCAGCGGCCGCGGCUGCCUUUCACACCUUGUCUCGACGUGAACUUUGAGAGCGCCCUGGCGCGCGUGUGGAGAGCCGACCAUCCACUCCACAGACUCGGUCGAGGGUUUUCGACGCUGGACCAAUUCGACUCGUCGCUGACAUCGUUGGAUCUCGAGAUCGCUCUGCGGGGCUUGAGUCAAUAUACUCGGGCGGUGGACGACUACCUUGCCGCACGACCCGAGGCGCCGAGCAUCGCGGUGUUGGAAGAGCUUCGAUGUUUCGUGAUGCACGGGAUCCUGUCGCUGACGCCGGACCUAGACGAGCCAUGCCCCGCGGGCGCGGAGGUGCUUCACACCUGCCAGCUGGCCGCCCUCACGUUCGGCAUGCUGUGCGUCUUCCCACUGCCCGCGGCUCCGUUUGAGCUGCUGGCCCGCAGCAUCAAGCGGUGCCUGUCGCGCUGCGACUUUGCCCGCGCGUGGUCCGCAGCGCCGCAUCUCACGCUAUGGAUCACCUUCAUCGGCGGCGUGGCCUCUCUGGGCAGUGUGGACAGCAACAGCGGCGACAAUGGCACCCGGGCCUGGUUCGUGUGCAUCAUCGACCGCUGCCUGCGGAAGCUGAAGAUUGAUUCCUGGACCGCCCUCCGCGACGACGUCUUGCUCGAGUUCCUGUGGCUUCCUGCCACCAACGACAACGACGGGAUCGAUCUGUGGGACGAGAUCGAGGCCUCGAGUCCCUUUGCCGUUGUGACAGCUGUGUGA